AUGGAGCGAUACGGACAUCUCGCACCUCCCCGUAAGAAGCCUACCCACGAGUUCGACGAACUCGAACAGUCUAUCUCUGUACGAAUCAACGAUAAAUAUAUCAACUGCUUCAGACUCGUCGCCGCGGGCAAAACCACCACAGGCACCGGAUGCGGUGUCCGUAUACAUGCAUUCACCAACGAUUCCGAAUGCAAUGACACCGCCAUGAAAGGGAAACAGGAGGAUGUUCAGGUCACUGCCGCGCCAAAAGACGAGCUCGCGGACGAGGUCGCUGGCGAGAUCAUGGCUGUUUCGCUGGGGAAUCAGGGAUGUAUUAUCAUUUUGUUGUAUUUCAAGAAGGCUGAUCUGGGCGUCGGCGAGGAUAAUGACUGGGUGAAGGUUUUGAUGGAUAGGGAGUACAAAGAGGAUGUGAUACCGCAAUGGGAGGAUUUGGAGGACUGGGUUGAGUUGUGA